AUGUUCAUCACCUCCAAAGUGAUCGCUGCCCUGAUGGGCGCCUCCAUGGUCAACGCCCACAUGAUCAUGAGCAGCCCCACCCCUUACAGCAAGGACACUCUCAACAACUCGCCUCUGGCAGCAGACGGCAGUGACUUCCCAUGCAAGCUUCGCGACAACGCUUUCGAGGCCCCCGAGACCGAGACAAUCAUCGCUGUCGGCGAGUCCCACCCUCUGACCUUCGUCGGUAGCGCCACCCACGGCGGCGGUUCCUGCCAGAUCAGUCUGACCACCGACCUGAAGCCCUCCAAGUCUUCCGAGUGGAAGGUCAUUAAGUCCUUCGAGGGUGGCUGCCCUGCCAAUGUCGACGGCAACAUGUCCGGCGGCCCCGACGCCCCCGAUCCCUACACUUUCGACUUCAAAAUUCCUGAGGGCAUCGCUGCUGGCAAAUACACCCUCGCCUGGACCUGGUUCAACCGCAUCGGCAACCGUGAGAUGUACAUGAACUGCGCCCCCAUCACUGUCUCGGGUGGCUCCUCCAAGCGCUCCGAGGAACUCGAGAGACGCUCUUCUAGCUUCCCGCCCAUGUUUGUCGCAAACGUCAAUGGCUGCACCACCAAAGAAAGUGUUGAUAUCCGCUUCCCUCAGCCAGGUGACAAUGUCGAGUAUAAGGGUCAACCCGGCAACCUCGCCGCCGAGGGUUCCGAGGCUUGCACCGGUACCCCUACCUUCGGUGGCUCCGGUGUUACCGGCUCCUCGGGCUCUAGCUCUGGCUCAUCCUCGGGUUCUCCCUCGGGCUCUAGCUCUGGCUCAUCCUCUGGCUCAUCCUCCGGCUCACCCUCUCCCCCGGCAGAGAGCGCCCCCACCGCAGCCCCGGUCCCAGAAUCUACUCCGUCGAGCAUCCCCGCCGAGCCCGAACCCGUGUCCUCCCCAGCACCUGUCCCAGCUCCCGCGACAACCUCUUCAUCCUCCGGCUCUGAAUCUGGAUCUGCCUCCGGCUCUGUCUCCGGUGCCGUGACGGGUAGCUGCAGCCCCGAGGGCCAGUGGAACUGCAUUUCAGGCACCGCCUUCCAGCGCUGUGCUUCUGGCACCUGGUCCGCUGCCCAGCCGAUGCCGGCCGGCACUCAAUGCAAUGCUGGUGUGAGCGAGGAGCUUGCUAUCAGUGCCACUAUGAAGGCGCGUCAUGUCUCAAGCAUGCGCUUCCGCAACCGCGCCUUCGGUCACCACGCCCACGCUUAG